GACUCUCCCUCUACCCCUAACACAGAAGACACAACCCCAGAAGCACCUACAACCAAGGCUGACUCUCCCACCACCCCCAAAGCAGAAGACACAACCCCAGAGGCACCUACAACCAAGGCUGACUCUCCCACCACCCCCAAAGCAGAAGACACAACCCCAGAGGCACCUACAACCAAGGCUGACUCUCCCACCACCCCCAAAGCAGAAGACACAACCCCAGAGGCAUCAAUGAUCCAGGCAGACUCUCCCUCUACCCCUAACACAGAGGAGGCAGAAUCUUCCACCACCCCUAAGGUCAAGGGAACUACCCCUGCAGGCACUGAGGCUGACACCACUGACAUACAAAAAACAUCUAUGGAAGUAACAGCUAGUGGUGCUGGGUUAUUAACAACUGCUAAAAAAGACACGAGCACUGAAAGUACUGAGACUGUCACAACAACUACAAAAGAAAUACCCAUACCUGGAACAGACACAACAAUUUCAGAAACAACUGAAAAGAAAAUUACAACUUUUGCACCCAAAGUAGCAACCAGCACAAGUGUGAAAGGCACGACGACAGCAGUUCAAAAGACAGUGGUGACUGAAACUAGGACUACCGAGAUUGUAACAGUAACUGACAAAAAAGACAAAACAACAGCUAAAGCUGUUACUACUCCUAUAACCGAAGGGACAACAACUAAAACAGAAACAACCACAGUGAACAAAGAGGUAACAACACCCAAGAAAGCCAAAACUACUGUGCUUAAAGACAUUUUAACAACAACAAGUAGGAAAGACACGACUACUGUAACUUCAGAGACAACAGCUAAACAAGAUGACUCUCCUAAAGGUAAGGAUGAUAUUCCAAACACCACUCUUACAACAAAGCAAACUGUCACUACAGCAGCUGCAUCAGAAGCAACUACUGUCAACAAAAAGACUGUAACAACAGUUGCAGAAAAAGAAGCAACCUCAGCUAAACAGGACAAGACUCCCACAUCAAAAGAGACUUUCACAACUAAGAAGGAAGAAAGCACCACAAGGACAGAGAGUGUAACAGCAGCUGCAGCAGCUACAACUCCCUUGCCCAAGCCCACUGUGUCGACAACAACAGCCAAACCAGUUUCAACUCCUAAACCCAUGGAAAUUGUAACAACAAAUAAAAAAGACACUACUACAGAAACUAAGCAGACUGUAGAAGCAGCUAAAGAGAGCAUAAGUAAUGUUUGUGUUAUUGUAGAGACAACAGCUGGUAAAAAAGAAGUAACGACCACCAAAGAAACUAGGGUCACACCUGAAGAAACGCCUGAUGCCACCGAGAAGGCCCCUAGUAUUGACAAAGCAGAGGAAACUACAGCUACCAAAGAAACCACUACAAGAGAUAAAAAAGACACAAUAGAAGAAAUGUUUAUUGUUUCUAAGGGGACAUCAAAGCCAACUAUACAUUUCCAGGAGGUUACUGACAUGAGCAAAGAUCCUCAUCCAGCUGACCCUGAAACUCUGCCAGUAAAAGAAGAGCCUGACAUAAACAAGCCUUUAAUACAAACUGAGGACUUGCCAAUUUUAACUGGAGAAACACAAGUAAAGGACGAGAAGGACCUAUGCAACGGGAAGCCGGCGGACGGCAUGGUGGCCCUGCCGAACGGCACCUUGGCUGUCUUCCGAGGUAGGCAGAUAAGCCGGUCCCGGACCCCACCGCCCUCACCUGCCCCGGCUCCUAGCGACGGCUGGGGCAUCCCGUCCCCCAUCGACGCCGUCUUCUCCAGGUGCAACUGCGAUGGCAAGACCUUCUUCAUCAAGGGUCCCCUGUACUGGCGUUUCACUAACGGUGUUAUGGAUAAAGGCUAUCCCAAACCUCUUGCAAAUGGAUUUGCAGGGCUAAGUGGAAAAAUAGUAGCAACCCUCCCUGUGGCAAGAUACAACAAUCGACCAGAAUCUGUUUAUUUUAUCAAAAAAGAUGGCAACAUGCAACAGUAUGUGUACAGACAAGAACCAGCUAAGAAGUGUCAAAGAAGAACCCAAGUUACUGUAAGAUACCCAGCUUAUGUCCCAAGACUUGUAAUAAGGAGACGCUUUCAACGUGCAGUAAGAAUGCCAACUGUUAUUCGGACUGUCAGAAUCAACCCACAUUCAUCUGGAGUUUUGCGUAAGGAAAUCAAAAUGACCACCUACUGGAAAGGGCUCCCGAAAGUUAUUCAUUCAACUAUAUCACUACCCAACUACAAUAAGCCAGAUGGCUAUGAUUAUUAUGCCUUCUCUUACAAUCGGUACUACAGUUUGGAUGUUGGCAAAAGAAUAGCAAGACCUGUUACUGCUCUCACAGGAAAGACUGUAUCCAAAGACUGGUACAACUGCCCUAGCAAGUGA